CAUAACUUCAUUAUUACUAUAUACAUAACUUCAUUACUAUACUCUACAUAGCGCUUCUGCUUAUAAUUAUUUACUGAGUAUUGGCUUACGCGUAUGGGUACAAAUAUAUAACCACAAAUACAAAUACAAAGCCCAAAAGUGACACAAAGCCCAGACGCGUAUACCAAAAUAUUUCACUUCGAUAUAACCGACCUAAACUAAUACAAUACUAUAUAUUAAACCACUUUCCAGUAUAGUUACCAACAAUUGUUCGAGUAUUUAAGUUAACCAGACCAUGCUGUUAAGAGCCAGCAAAAGAGAAAAAUUAAAACAACUUAGACAGGCGCGAAAGUCAGGAGUAGUUAGUCAUUUUGAUACUUCUGAUAUUGAAGAUGGAGAAAUUUAUGAUGAAGUAGAUGAAGAAACUUAUAGAGAACAUAAACGGAAACAACUUAUGAAUGAUGAUUUUAUAGUGGAUGAUGAUGGUGAAGGAUAUGUAGAUACUGGAGCUGAUGAAUGGGAUGCAUCUACAAGACCCAAUUAUUAUUCUGAUGAUGAUGAUGAUCAAGUAUCUAACAAAAAGAGAAAACAUAAACAUCACCAACCUGUUAAAGUAACUAAAACUGCGAAAAUUAGUAAUUUCUUUAAACCAACUACCAAUACCGUACAAACUGAAAGAAAAAAUGCGAACAUUGAUGAUAUUCUCGAUGAUUUCCAGGAUGAACCUAUCAGUAAGAAACAACGAAAGAAUCAGUUUAAUGUGUUUGGAGUUAAUAAUACAAAUUCAACUAAACGGAAGAAUCCUAAAGCUUUGUUCAACUUCUCUACCUCAACCAAGAGGGAAAAGGAAGAGGUUGUACAAGAAGAAGAUUUAGAAGAAGAUUAUGGUAUACCUAGUCAACCAUCGUCACCUAUUAAGACUGGCAAUGUUGAGAAUGAUUCCAGCGAAAAGGAGAAUAUAGUUCCUGAAGAAACAAUUAAAAGGGAAGAGAAUAAUGAUAAUAAUGAUGAUGAACAAGUAUCAGAAGAUGAUUCAGAUGAAGAUAUCGUAGUAGCCAGAAGACCACGAGCAGCCGCAGUUAUCGGUAGAGCCAAUAGAGCUACAUUUUCAGCAGUUAAGGCCAAAGAUAUUCAAUCAUCUUCUCCAUUAAGACAUUCAGAUACUUCCUUUGUAAACUAUACUGAAAAACUUGAUAAAGAAGAGAUUGUAAAGGAAUCAGAUACUUUUAAAAUGUUUUGGUUAGACUAUAGUGAAGUUGAUGGAUCAUUAUUAUUAUUUGGUAAAGUAUUAAUUAAUGAAAAUCAAUAUGCUUCAGCCGUAGUUCAAAUUAAUGGUUUAUGUCGGGAAUUAUAUUUUUUACCUAGGAAGUAUCGAUUAGUUGAUGGACAAGAAGAUGUGGAAGAUGAAAUUAGUCCUCAAGAUAUUCAUGAAGAAAUAGCUCCAUUAUUAAUUGAAAAGUAUGGAUUAGAUCAACUUAAAGCUAAACCUGAAACUAAGAAAUAUGCUUUUGAACUUGCAGGAAUUCCCAAGGAAACUGAUUAUUUAAAAGUAUUAUUACCAUAUAAAACAACGAGAAAUAAGAAUUUAAUUAUGCCUGCCCAUUUAGAAGGUAAUACAUUUCAAAGAGUAUUUGGAACUAAUGCCAAUAUCUUUGAAUCAUUUGUAUUACAACAAAAUAUUAUGGGUCCAUGUUGGUUAGAAAUAUCUAAUGGGAAUUUUAAUGCCAUACAGAAUUCUUCUCAUUGUCAAGUUGAAGUGGCAGUUGAAUCUCCUAAAUUUAUUAAACCAUUAAUUGAUGGUAAAAUUCCUGAUCCUCCUCAUUUAACUCUUACGUCAAUUUCAGUUCAAACUACUAUGAAUCCUAAACUGAAUAAACAAGAAAUUGUAUCAGUAUCUCUUGCCACUUAUAAAAAUGUUCCUCAAGAUGCUCCAAUUGCUGAAGGGUUACAACCAGAUUCAACUCUUACGGUGGUUAGACCAUUAACUUCAGUAAAUGUUCCACCUGGUUUACAACAAUUAGCUCAAAAGCAAAAUAUUAAUGUUAAAUCUUUCCCUAAUGAAAAGGUAAUGUUAAAUUUUUUAGCAGGUUAUAUUAAGACUCUUGAUCCAGAUGUAUUUAUUGGUCAUAAACUUGAAAAUAUUUCUUUAGAUGUCUUAGUACAAAGAAUGCAUGAUCUUCAAGUUUAUACUUGGUCAACACUUGGACGUCGGAAUAGGAAAUCAUGGCCUGAUAGAUUUAAUAAGAGUUCAUUUAAUAAUAAUUUAUUAAUUCGAGAAGUCUUUCAAGGUCGAUUACUUUGUGAUAUUGCUAAUGAAUUAGGUCAAUCAUUAACCACUAAAUGUCAAUCAUGGGAAUUAGCAGAAAUGUAUGAUAUUGUAUGUCAUAAAUCAAUAAAUCCCUUAGAAAUUAAUUUUCUGAAUCCUCAAUAUAGUGAAGAUGCAUCAUUUCUUAUGAUGGCAUUAAGAGAAAAUGAUAUUAAUGUUAAAGUUACGGCGGAAAUUGCCUUUUCAAUUCAAAUCUUAUCAUUAUCUAAACAAUUAACUAAUAUUGCUGGAAAUGCUUGGUCUCAUACUCUUAGUGGUACAAGAGCUGGUAGAAAUGAAUUCAUUUUAUUACAUGAAUUUAAAAGAAAUAAUUAUAUGAUACCUGAUAAAGAAGAUAAAUAUCAUAAGAAUUCUAAUCAAGCUAAAAUGGAAGCCACUGAAGAAGAUGCCACAACAGCAACUUCCAAUAAAAAACCAAAAUAUCAAGGUGGUUUAGUAUUUGAACCUGAAAAGGGGUUACAUAAGAAUUUUAUAUUGGUUAUGGAUUUUAAUUCUUUAUAUCCAAGUAUUAUUCAAGAAUUUAAUAUUUGUUUUACUACAGUAGAUCGAGAUAAUUUUAAUUUAACUCAUGAUGAAGAUAGAGAUAUGCCUUUACUUCCUGAUAAAUCUGGUUCAAUGGGAGUACUUCCUCGAUUAUUAAGUACAUUAGUUAAUCGUCGUAGAGAAGUUAAAAAACUUUUAAAAGAUCCAAAAAACACUCCAUUUCAAAGAGCUCAAUAUGAUAUUAAACAACAAGCAUUAAAAUUAACGGCCAAUUCAAUGUAUGGUUGUUUAGGUUAUAUUAAUUCAAGAUUUUAUGCUAAACCAUUGGCAAUGUUGGUUACCAAUAAAGGUCGAGAAAUUUUAAUGGAUACAAGACAAUUAGCAGAAUCUGUUGGAUUAAGAGUAGUUUAUGGUGAUACAGAUUCAGUUAUGAUUGAUACCGGAGUUGAUAAUUUUAAUGAAGCACUUAAAAUUGGUGAAGAAUUUAAACUUAAAGUUAAUGAACGUUAUAGAUUAUUAGAAAUUGAUAUUGAUAAUGUAUUUAAAAGACUUUUAUUACAUGCAAAAAAGAAAUAUGCUGCUAUGAAUGCUACCCUUGAUAAAGUAACUGGCAAAGUUAAUACAACAUUAGAAGUUAAAGGAUUAGAUAUGAGACGUCGUGAAUAUUGUCAACUUUCAAAAGAUAUAUCUACUUUUGUAUUAAUGAAAAUUUUAUCUGAUUUAGAUCCUGAACAAGCCAUUGGAGAAGUUUAUGAUUAUUUAGAAGAUAUGACUAAUAAAAUUAAAAAUUUUGAAAUUGGAGUUGAAAAAUUUAGAAUUAAUACUAGAUUAUCAAAGGAUCCCGGUAGUUAUCCUAAUGGGAAAUCAAUGCCACAAGUUCAAGUUGCUUUAAGAUUAAGAAAUGAAGGUAAAGUAAUUAAAGCUGGUAGUGUUAUAACUUAUAUUAUUACUGAUAAUGAAAAAGAUUCAGAAAAUUCUACUCCAGCAGAAAGAGCAAGAGCAAUUCAAGAAGUUUUCAGUAAAGGAUCAAAUCUUCGUCCUGAUACUGAUUAUUAUCUUGAAAAACAAAUCUUUGCCCCAGUUGAAAGAUUAUUAGAAAGAAUUGAAGGAGUUGAUAUGAUGAGAGUUGCAAAAUCAUUAAAUAUCGAUACUAAGAAAUAUGUAUUAAGAGUUAAACAAAAUGAGGGACAAUUUGGGGAAAUUAUGCCCUUAGAAUCUAGUGUUUCUGAUUCAGAAAGAUUUAGAAAUACAAGUUUCCUUGUAUUACAAUGUAAAUGUAAUAAACAGUUCAAAUUUGGAGGGAUUCAAUCUUCAAAGGAUUAUACUGUUACAUUUAGUGGAAUUCAAUGUAAUUCAUGUCAAUUUACUUUCCCUACAUUAAAAUUAACUAGUCAAUUAGAAAGAGAAAUUAGACAACAUAUUUCCUUAUAUUAUGCAGGAUGGCUAGUAUGUGAUGAUUCAGCUUGUGGAAUUACUACCAGACAAAUAUCAGUUUAUGGUAAAAGAUGUAUUGGAAUUUCAGGUAAAGCUUAUGGAUGUAAAGGUAUUAUGAGAUUUAAAUAUACCGAUAAGGCAUUAUAUAAUCAAUUACUUUAUUUCAAUGCCAUUUUCGACGUAGAAAAAACAAAAAAGAAUCAAUUAAGACCCAUCUAUAGCUUUGAUGAAAAGGAUAUUCCUCCUAAAUUACCGAGUGGACAAACUGAUGCAUUGGCAGAACAGAACCGAGAAUUGUUUACUUACUGUCAACAGGUAGUCAACAAAUAUUUGGAUGACUGUGGUAGACGGUAUGUCAACAUGGGCUCCAUCUUUGACUUUAUGACUUAGUUAAUUUCUAUAAAUUGUGUAAUAAAUAAAUAAAUAAAUGUAAUU